AAAUAAAUUUUUUCAAGUGACUUAGUGAGUGCAAGUGUGUGAAACCAUAAACCAAAUAUUAAAUGCAUUUUAAUAAAAGGUGCAACGCAUCAACAAACCAAUAACAAUAAAUGUUUGUGUGUACGUGAGCAUAAAAUUAAUGCCGCCAUUGGCGUUGAUAAUGAGACCCCUCAAUGGGUGUUUGAUUAAGAAUUUACCUUUACUUUGAAGUUAAACUGCUAAACGUGAUAGACGACAGACGCUUGUCAACCAUAAAAAAGGUGAAAAAAAAAACGAAGAAAACAACAAAUAAAGGAAAACAUUACGUUGAGAUAAAAACAAAAAGAAAAUAGAGAACACCCAGACAAACAUUGGAAAUAAAAGAAAACUUCGCCUUCUUCGUGGGUUCUGUCCAUUUUUUUUAUAACUAUCCAAAUAUCAAUUAAUAUUAAGUGAAAACAAAUAACAACAUAUCACCAUCAUCGUUGUUGUUGGUGUUGCUGUUAUUUUUUUGUAGAUAUGUGUGUUUAAACGUGAGCAUUCAUGUUUAACCAAAGCAAACUGAAAACCCAUCUCUCACAUGCAUGAAUGCAUUUGACAAUCACCACAAAUGAACUUCACUUUAUCCAAAUUUCCCUGUAGCUGAGUGAGGCAAGUCCAUGGCCACGGCAGACAAAUAAAGUCAAUAUACAAAUUAACUGAGUAAUAACAGUAAAAACAACAAAAGAAUAACAUCCCAACCAACUCAUUUGCCGCACAACCUAUUUGUAGUUGUUGUUGUGGCGGUGCACGUUUCGUCGUGUUUUAUGCCUGUGAUUUAUAACACCGUCAGCCCAUCAGACAGACAAACAUUCUGCGCACUGCAUUGUGGAUACAAACCAAAGACCCAGACAACCAACCAACGAACCACACUCUCCCCAUAUCUUCCAGAUUGUUUUCCAACUUUAAUUUACCUGCCAAGAAGCAAAUGUUUUUUGUAAAUCAACGUCUUCCUUGCCCUCGAAUGCCUUAACCAUUGGCCAAAUAUUGAAAGAGAAACACACACAAGAGACAAAUACUCUGACACACACACAGAGAGAGACAGACAGCAGCAGCAGCAUCCUUCUCAUCAUUAUUUUACCGUUUGUUAAACUCAAAUAAAUCACCAAACGGUACGACUCUUUACCGGGGAACAAAAAAAAAGAGAAUCAAGAGAACAAACACAAAGAGGAGGACUCUUCCAUACAAAAAGAGAACACUUAAGAAGGCAUUAAACAAAUACAAAAACAAUAAUAGUUUGCAUAAAAACAACAAGAAAAGUCUUGCCAAAAAAUAACUUAAAAGAGUCCAGGAAAAUGAAAAGAUUUUCUUAAAAAGCAACUGCACCAGAAGAGACAAAGUAAACUGCUACUCCUGGUGGCAUUCAUUGCUUCAUUCAACACAGUCUGCUAGACGGUCUGUUGUCAGUUAUCAAUUAACUAAUUGGAUACUUCAAAGGACAUAGAGAAAAAAAGGGGAAAGAGAGAAGGAACCAAGAGGAGAAGAAGAAGUUGGGUCAUCAACAUAUUUCAUCAUGGAUCUCAUUAACACAGUAAAGGAUUUAAAAUUAUUAACUGUCCUGCUAAUUUUGGCCAGUCAACAAGUUUUUUGCUCUUCUUUGGCCGAGACAUCAUCACGUUUCCUGAUUCUGCCCCAGUCACAGUCCAUUGCCGAGGGAGAUACGGCCGAUUUUAAUUGCCAUGCCACGCCCACUCGUGGCCUCAUCUAUUCAUGGACAUUAAAUGGUCAAUUAAUCCAAAAUUCAAGUCGCAUCUAUCAAAACGGUUCCGAUUUACAUAUCGAAGCGGUUAGCCGAGAGAGCGAUGCCGGCGAUUUUGUAUGCAUAGCCACCAAUGUGGCAAGUGGUGCCCGUCAGGCAUCACCGCCGGCCCGCCUGACUGUCAUAUGGAUUCAAACUGCCAAUGUCCAACUACUGGCCAACUAUCAACACGAAGUCAUCCUGAAAUGCCAUGUAGAAGCCUCAUCCGGUGAUGGCCUGCUGGAAAUCGAAUGGUUCCGCAACAGUGAAAAGCUGAGUAGCAUCAAAAAUAUUGAACUGAUUGAGAAUCGUUUGGUCAUACGCAAUCCCACCGGUCAAGAUACUGGCCUAUAUCGCUGCAUUGCCUCAAAUGCCGCCGGACGGGUGAUGAGUCGCAAGGGUUACAUUCUCAAAUGGUCCAGUGUCAAGGAGUCGACAAAUUGUUUGCCGCGUCUUAAAAAGAACUACAUAAUACCGGAUGGUAUGAAGGACAUGUUCUUGUGUCGCGGCAAAAGAGGUGGCGAUUCCGCACAUGGUGCGGAAGAUAAAUUACCCUUUCCUGUGGAUGUGCAAAUAACCCAACAGCCCCAGAAACGUGUCACUGUCAAGGAGAACGAAGCGACGGAGUUGUACUGUCAAUAUUCGAUACCGGAGAAAUAUUUGAAGAUUGCAGAUGCAGUGAAUGAAGUGUUGCUGCGUUGGCGUAAGGAUGGCAAAAUUAUCCGGCAAAUAGAAGUGAAUGGGGCAACGUCAUCGAUGUCACAGCGUUCUCUGGAUGCCAACAAGGACCCGAUGUUAAGGGGCGAGGAUACACGCGUAUCCAUUGCCAAAGACAAUGGUUCAUUGGUCUUCUCAAGUGUUGUAGCCAGCGAUGCUGGCCAAUAUGUCUGCCAGGUGGUGGUGGAAGGUUAUCGCUCUGUCACCUCGGAACCGGGCGAACUGCAAGUCAUCGAACAAUUGAAAUUCAUGCCACAGCCUACUUCGAAGAAUUUGGAAUUAGGUUCGGUGGGCAAGGUACAUUGCAAGGCCCAGGGCACGCCAACACCCCAAGUGAAAUGGCUUAAGGAUCUCAAGGAUGACUUGCCAGAUACAUUGGAGGACAUUAAUGGCACUUUGACUUUUAAAAAUGUUACUGCCGAACAUCGUGGCAACUACACUUGUGUCGCCCUCAACUCCCAAGGACAAAUAAAUGCCACUGUCAGCAUUAAUGUUGUGGUCGCCCCCCGUUUCCUGGUGGCCCCCGAGGGUCCCAUUGAAAGUUCGGAGUCCGAUGUGGCAUUGAUGCAUUGCCAGGCCACGGGUGAUCCCAAACCUACCAUACAAUGGGACAAGGAUUUGCAGUAUCUGAGUGAGAACAACACUGACCGCACACGUUUCCACUUUCUGGAAAAUGGCACCCUGCAAAUCACAAAUGUCCAGCCGGAGGAUGAGGGUAGCUAUGGCUGUACCAUUGGCAACAGUGCGGGGCUGAAGCGUGAAGAAGUGAGAUUUAUUGUCAAAGUCAAUGGCGACGGUGAGGCCGAGCCCCAGGAAGGUUUCCUCAUUACCCGGGCCGUCUUGAUAACCAUGUCGGUGGCCUUUGCCUACAUAAUUUUGGUGGUGGGUCUAAUGAUCUGGUGCCGUUAUAGGCGCCAGGCCCGCAAGGCUAGACUAAAUGAGGGCCGUGACAAUCCCGAGGCCGGUGAAGGUGAAAAGAAUGCCGAAAAUGAACCCUGCCUAUCCGAAUCGAAAACCGCAAAGGUACGCAAGGCCAAUGGCAACAACAAUCCAAAGGCAAAUGGUGGCAAUGAUGCCCAGAAAUCCGAUGACACAGCCUGCAGCAAUCAUUCCAAGACUUCCAAAAAAUCCAAUGUCUAUGAUCAGUUAAGCUUCCCUCGAUCCGGUAUCACCGAACUGCUCCAGGUGGGUCGCGGUGAAUUUGGUGAUGUCUUUGUGGGCAAAAUAAAGACGUCACUCAUUAAAACAUCCGUUGAUGACAAGGACACCGACACGGAGAAGAAUAGCAAUAGUGACAAUGGCAAUGGUUCGGCAGCCACCACCUCGACCACAGUGGAAAAACGGCGUUCGAAAACAUCCAUGGAUGACAUUGAGGAAAUCAAGGAGGAACAGGAAACCUGUAGCAGUGAUAAUGAGCCGAACGCCAAUGGCAAUUCGGAUGAAUAUAAAUUGGUUAUGGUCAAGGCUUUGAAUAAAAUCAAGGAUGAGACGGCAUGCCAGGAGUUCCGACGACAAAUUGAAAUGUUCCGCACGCUGACGCAUAAGGGUGUUGUGCGGUUGUUUGGCUUGUGCCGGGAGAAGGAUCCACAUUACAUGGUCUUGGAGUACACGGAUUGGGGCGAUCUCAAGCAAUUCCUUUUGGCCACUGCUGGUAAAGUGAAUACUUCGACAAAUUCCUCCUCACCACCACCUCUGCUGACGGGACAAGUUUUGGCUGUGGCAUAUCAAAUUGCUCGCGGCAUGGAUGCCAUAUAUCGUGCAAGAUUUAUACACAAAGAUUUGGCCACCCGCAACUGCAUUAUUUCCAGUGAUUUCAUUGUCAAGGUUUCAUAUCCGGCCCUGUGCAAAGACAAAUACAGUCGUGAAUAUUUCAAGCAUCGCAAUACCCUAUUGCCCAUUAGAUGGCUGGCGCCCGAAUGCAUUCAGGAGGAUGAGUACACCACCAAGAGUGAUAUCUAUGCCUUUGGUGUAGUGGUAUGGGAGCUGUUUACACAGGCCACCAAAAUGCCGUUCGAGGAAUUAAGCAACGAAGAAGUGAUACAGAGGAGUCAGGCCCAAAAAUUGGAGUGGCAGUGUGCCGAGGGUACACCGGAGUGUCUCAAAGAGAUAUUGACCUCCUGCUGGAACCACAAUCCCAAGGAGAGGCCCUCAUUUAGCCAACUGGGCUCGGCCCUGAGCAAGGCCAUACAAAGUCUGGACAAGUAAUUCCCCUCCCCCCAAAAGGGAUUCACAAUAAAAGCAACAUUUUUUUUGUCAUUCAUGCCAGCAUUCAUUCAAACAAAUUCAUUGAAAAGCCAAAAAUUACUUAAGUCUUUUUUUAUACUGCCUCAUGAGAACAGAAACGAACGAAUAGAUUGAUAAAUUAAAUUAGUAAUUUUUAAGCAUUAAAAAGCUAGUAAUUAAAAC